GCCCGCACCGAGCGGCCGGAGCGGGUCCGGAUCCGGGCGGCGGAACCGGGGGUGCCGGGACGGACCGGGGGCGCUGCCAUGGCCGCGGCCUGGCAGGACGUGGUGCGGGACGCGGCGGCCGUGCGGGAGGCGGCGGCGGUGGCGGUGGACGCGGCGCUGCUGGCGGGGGUGCUGAUGCGGACCGGGGAGCAGCCCAACGCCUCGGAUGUGGUGAAUUAUGCCCCCUUCACGCUGCUCCCAUCUGCAGUGCCACGGGCCUUGUUUGAACAAGCCUACGCUGUCCAGCAGGAUUUUAACCUGCUGGUGGAUGCUGUCAGUCAAAACCGAGAAUUCCUGGAGCAAACUCUGGCCAGCACCAUCAAGGUCGACGACUUCACAGCUCGGCUCUUCAGGAUCUACAAGCAGGUUUUGGAGGAAGGCCUGGCUCAGAAUGUGUUUUUGGGCAUCAACCGCUCGGAUUACAUGUUUGACUGUGGGCUGGAAGGCGCAGCAGCUCUGAGGCAGAUAGAAAUAAACACCAUUGCUGCCAGCUUUGGGGGGCUCACCUCCCGCACUGCUGAUGUCCACAGGUUGGUGUUGAAAGUGCUGGGAAAGAGUGAGGAGGCAUCACAGCUGCUGCCCAACAACCCAGCCAAGGGGCUGGCCUUGGGAAUUGCCAAAGCUUGGGAGCUCUAUGGAUCCCAAAGGGCUGUGGUGAUGUUUCUGGUAGAGGAUGUCCAGAGGAAUAUUUUUGAUCAGCGUUGUGUAGAAAAUGAACUUUGGAACAGGAACAUCCGCGUGCUGAGGAGGCGCUUCCGGGACGUGUUUGAGCAGGGCUCCCUGGAUGCCAGCAGGAGGCUGUAUAUGGACGGCCAGGAGGUGGCAGUGGUGUAUUACAGAGAGGGCUACGUGCCCCAGGUCUACGAUGAGCAGAACUGGGAGGCGCGGCUGCUGCUGGAGCGCUCGCGGGCAGUGAAGUGCCCCGACAUUGCCACGCAGCUGGCGGGCACCAAGAAGGUGCAGCAGGAGCUCAGCAGGCAGGGGACGCUGGAGAAGCUGCUGCCAGGCCACCCCGAGGCCAUUGCUCGGAUCAGAGCCACCUUUGCAGGACUCUACUCCCUGGAUGAGGGUGAAGAAGGUGACAGAAUGGCUGCCACAGCCAUCGCUGACCCCGACCGCUUCGUGCUGAAGCCUCAGCGUGAAGGUGGAGGGAACAACCUCUAUGGUGAAGAGCUCAGGGAGGUUCUGGAGAAGGUCAAAGACAGCCCUGAGAGAACUUCUUACAUCUUGAUGGAUAAGAUCAAACCCCAGCCAGCACUGAAUUACCUGCUGAGGGCUCACAGCCCCCUCCAAGUGUCAGAGUGCAUCUCUGAGCUCGGGAUCUUUGGUGUCUAUGUCAGGCAGGGCAGGGAGCUGCUGCUGAACGAGGCCGCCGGGCACCUGCUGCGCACCAAGGCCAUCGAGCACGCGGACGGCGGCGUGGCAGCCGGGGUGGCCGUGCUGGACACGCCGUUCCUGGUGUGAGGAGCCACAGCCCCACCCUCCUUCUCUGCUGCCUCAAGAGCUGAUCUGCCCCAGGGCUUCCUCCUUAGGGUGCUUGCCACGCUUUGGCUGCUGGAGGCUGUGAGGAGGGACUGUGUGAUGCAGCUGCUCAGAGGUGGUUCCCCCUCCAGGAAAGAUUCCCUUGCUCUGCCUGCUCAGGGGCCCUGCCCUGGGCACAGCCCAGCUGUGACUCCCAGCACUGCAGGGUUCUGGGGGCAGGGGGAUGCAGAGCAAAGGGUCAAGGUGCCAUACAGGCCUUUGUGCUGCUCUCACUUCUGAGCUCCUUAUGCUGUUUCUGGAGACAUACACAGCCUAAGGAAUGAGAGGAGAAAGGUGGAUGGGCAAGGAUCAGCCUUUAUGUGCCUCAGUGCUCUCCAGCUUAAAGAGGAGAGCCCAGCUCCACUCCCCAUGGCCCCUCCAGCCCUCCUUCCCAUGCUGCUGCUGUCCUGAUUUCUGUUUUCCCCUGUGCCUGAGGAUCCUCAGGGUUCCUGCACCAGGCACAGCUGCCCUGGGUAAUUUGCCCAAGGGCCUUUUGCUUUUGCUUUGCCCAACUCUUGUUUUAUUGGACUGGGUGCCUCUGUGCCACACAGGGCAGGCAGCAGUGCAGGGUCCAGGGCUGGCUCCUGCUGCAUCCUGCAGCCCUGUCCAACUGAUCUCCAAGAAUCCCUCAGAGAUGGAGGCAGCUCCCAAGGCAGCAGAGAAUUGGAGCCUUGUGUGUGUUGGUAAAUCCCAAAGCACCCUGGGUUUGGGCCAGUGCAUCCCACUGCAAAUCAAACCCUGAGCAUCCUCUUGUCAGGGAGCCCCAGCCUUGGGAAUGCUCCUGCUGAGCCUGGGAGCUCUGUGGUGAGGAAGGAAUUGCAGGGGAGGCUGGGCAGCUCAGCCCCAGCUCCCAGCACCUUACUGUGGGACCAGCACCAGCAGAGGGGAGAUGUGGCUCCCUCCAGGUUUUAUGGAUCAGUGGGAACAGCACAGCAGUGGAGCAGUGUGGGCUCUCCUGCUUAAGGUCUUCUGCCUCUUCCUCCAGCCCCUUCUCCUCCUCAGCCCUAAAAGCUGCACCUUUCUGGCAGCAAAGAGCUCAGGCAGCCUCAGCCCAGCCCUGUCAGUAACACAGAACCAGCAGAGGCAGAAUCCCUGCAGAAUGGGAUGUGCUGAGUGGCAGAACCAGCACAAAAGCAGAAUCCCUGCAGAGAGGAUGUGCUGAGUGACAGAAGCAGCACAAAGGCAGAAUUCCUGCAGCCGGGGUGUGCUGAGUGCCAGCCCUGCUGGCUCUUUGCUGCUGCAGCAUCAAUCACCAAUUGGUCACCUGGGAAACUGCUCCAUUCUCCAAGUGUGACUGAAACUGGGCUUCCUGGGUGUUUUGUUGGGGGAUUGAUUACCCCAAGCCAGAGAUUAAAAGGAAUGUGCAAUCUGA